CCCUGACCACCUUCGAUCUACAACUCCACUCUCUCGCACACUCUCCAGACGUGUGGUCAGCUGACUUUCACUGGAGCAGCUGUGUGCAGUCGCGCAUUCUCACAAAGCACAACCAGCACAGACGAUAGGAGAACACGGAGCUGAAAAUCGCCACAGAAAAACCCUGAUCCUCUCAGGACGUUUAUCCAUCAGGACGUGCUACAUUCGGGAACACGGCCAUGGGUAUGGACCGUACGGUAUUCCUGCUGUUAAUGCUGACGAGUCUGUCGCUCGCCAUCGAGGUGCCAUCGGAUGACUCAGUGGGCUUGUUGGCGGAGCCCCAGGUGGCCAUGUUUUGUGGGAAACUCAACAUGCAUAUCAACAUCCAGAGUGGCAAGUGGGAGCCAGAUCCAACUGGCACCAAGAGCUGCAUCGGCACCAAAGAGGGCAUCCUUCAGUACUGCCAAGAGGUAUACCCAGACCUCCAGAUCACUAAUGUAGUGGAGGCCAACCAGCCCGUCAGCAUCCAGAACUGGUGCAAAAUGGGUCGUCACCAGUGCCGCAGUCACACGCGCAUUGUGGUCCCCUACCGCUGCCUGGUUGGGGAGUUCGUCAGCGAUGCCCUCCUCGUCCCAGAUAAAUGCAAGUUCCUGCACCAGGAGCGAAUGGAUAUGUGCGAGAGUCACCUGCACUGGCACACAGUGGCCAAAGAGUCCUGCGGUGAUCGUUCCAUGAAUCUCCAUGACUACGGCAUGCUGCUGCCGUGCGGCAUUGACCGUUUCCGUGGUGUAGAGUUUGUGUGCUGCCCUGUGGAGGAGCAGAAGGAGUUAGACAGCGAGGAGCAGGAGGAGGCCAACUCAGAUGUGUGGUGGGGCGGCGCAGAGGCCGAGUAUACUGACAGCAGCAUACUUAGAGAACAGUCCCCAACCAAACCUGAGCCUGCUGUGACUGAGGAUGAUGAGGAUAUCAACAAUGAGGAAGAGGAAGUCUGGGAUAACGAUGAAGAUGGUGAUGGUGAAGAUGAUGACGAUGAGGAAGAUGACGAUGAAGACACAACUGAUGAACAAGACACCAGUGAGCAGACCUCCAACGUUGCCAUGACAACCACCACCACUACCACAACAGAGUCUAUAGAGGAGGUUGUGCGAGCGGUAUGCUGGGCCCCUCCUCGGUCGGGGCCGUGCCAUGCUAAGCUAUCCCGCUGGUAUUUUGUGGUGCAGACGGGCCGAUGCACCCCCUUCAUGUUUGGGGGCUGCGGGGGUAACCGCAAUAACUUUGAAUCUGAGGAGUACUGCAUGGCAGUCUGCAGCAGCAGCGUGUUGCCGACCAUGGCCCCGAGCCCUGCUGAUGCUGUGGAUCGUUACCUGGAAGCUCCAGGAGAUGUGAAUGAGCACACCCGCUUCCAGAAGGCAAAGGAGAGCCUGGAGGCCAAACACAGAGAGAAAAUGUCAGAGGUGAUGAGAGAAUGGGAGGAGGCAGAGAGACAGGCGAAGAAUCUUCCUCGUGCUGAUAAGAAGACCAUAAUUCAGCGCUUCCAGGAGAAGGUGGAGGCGUUGGAGAAGGAAGCGGCCGGGGAGAGACAGCAGCUGGUAGAAACCCACAUGGCACGCGUGGAAGCUCUGCUGAACGACCGUCGCCGCCAGGCUUUGGAAAGCUACCUUAGUGCCCUGCAAUCUGACCAGCCUCGGACUCGGCAGGUCCUCAAUCUGUUGAAGAAGUACAUACGAGCGGAGCAGAAGGACAGGCAGCACACUCUCAAACACUUUGAGCAUGUGCGAGAAGUGGAUCCAAAGAAGGCAUCUCAGAUUCGGCCUUUUGUGAUGACCCACCUGCGUGUGAUUGAAGAACGCAUGAACCAAUCCUUGGGGUACCUCUACAAGGUGCCACAAGUGGCUAAUGAAAUCCAGGACCAAGUGGCUUUACUGAUUCAGCGUGACCAGGCUGAAGUCACCCAGCAGUUGUCGUCUCUCCAGAGUAAGAUGAGGGUGAGCUAUGGGAACGACGCCCUGAUGCCUGACCUGCCUGACAGCACCACUCCCCUGGACACCCUGCCACCGGAGCAGGACGGCCUGGGCUUCAUCCACCCUGAAAGCUUCAACCAGGCCAACACUGACAACCAUGUUGAACCCGUAGAUGCCCGUCCAAUUCCAGAUAGGGGUCUGCCUACGAGACCCGAGAUUCCAAAGGUUCGGCUGGACAUUGAGGAAAGGCACAACGCUGGUUAUGAUGUUCGUGACAAGAGACUGAUGUUCCUUGCAGAAGACAUGGGCUCUAAUAAGGGGGCAAUCAUUGGGCUGAUGGUGGGUGGAGUUGUCAUCGCUACUGUGAUUGUAAUCACUCUUGUUAUGCUAAGGAAGAAGCAGUACACUUCCAUUCACCAUGGAGUUAUUGAGGUGGAUGCAGCGGUGACCCCUGAGGAACGUCAUCUCACUAAGAUGCAGCAGAAUGGCUAUGAGAACCCCACCUACAAGUUCUUCGAGCAGAUGCAGAACUAAAGAACCACUUCAGAUCCCCACACUCCCCAUCACCAUCACCAUCCCACUGCAUCAGGACAGUGAAUGCAGACUGAUCCCUCAUACACAAUAUCACUCAGCUCUUGUCACCAUGGAAAUGAGAGUGGCUUCCAUCACCUGACCAUUUCAUCCAAUCGAACGAGCACUCACUCAGUUUGCACAGAAGAGUGAUGUGUCAUUGCCGCCCAUCCAGCCAUCUGUCAGUACGAUGGUCCAUCUGUGCGCUCCCAUGACUGUCCAUCACAGCACUGUGUGGUGAACGAGCUGUUUUCUUUGCCCGUGCUUUCCUUCUUACCCAUGAUCCUCUAAACCAUCUAUAGUUUUUUUUUUCUCUCCGCUCUCUCUCUCUCUCUCGACCAUUUUUGUUCCCCUCCAGAACUUCUUUAAGCACUUACAUCUCCUCUUUUGUUUGCACGUUUCCUUCCUCCUUCUCCUUCCUUCCUUUUUCCUGGGCACUCAAAUGACGCGGUGCUGUGUUUGGCUACAUGAGGCUCCAACCGCAAACAACCAGAUGCCGAAUAAUGUACUCAUUGUUAAACUUUCCAUUCAGGUUUUUUUUUUGGAAAAAAAAAAAAGCAAAAAAAUAUAUAUUAAAAAAUCCAUACAUUAAAAAAACAAAAAAAACAUUUACAGAGAUAAGAAAUGAAUGUUUGUUUUUAUUUUGUGUGUAAUAUGUAUUGAAUUAAGGCAGAAACUAGCUGUAUCUAUAUAGUGCAUGGCAAUUUUAACAGAGAGACGGUUUCUGGAUCCAGGCGCAGACUUUGACCUCUCUCUCAUGUAGAGAUUUUAGCUGGAUUGUACAUUUUAUUGUCUUCUUGUGAUCAUAUUUUAAAUAAGUGAAAAAUAUCUGCUUGGCUACAUCGUCACAGGGACAUGCUUUAAUCGAAGUGUGCUUUUUCUUUCUUUUGGACCAUGCCACGCACACUUAAAUGGUUGCAUGGGGCUGGAAAAAGAUGUAUGUAUUGUAUUAUGAAGUGUAAUAUUAGCCCACGUUUUGGUUCGUUAACGUUCUACACACUCUUUGUUUUUAGGGAAGGGUCUAGGCCCUUUUUGCCUCAUGAAGUUUUAUUCCAUGUCGGGAUUUGGUAUGGGGCCGGGAUUAGGGAAGGGAGGUAUGGAGUGGUGGUGGGAUUUUGCUUCAGAAAUAGCCACCAUUUUCAGAUUGUGUGAAUUUUGUCCCACUUUCCCCUCUUUGUAUUCCCCCAGUGUCUGUGAUAUUCACGAACACAUUUUGGGACAGAAACACCUCACCUUCUCCCCCUCUUUUAUUGUUUCACUGAAGUAUCUCAUAGCACCUUACAGGCCAGAGCAGGUAGGAAGGAACGGGUAGAUAUGAAAUAUAAAUGUAACGCGGUCUUUUGAAAUGACCUCUCGAGAGUUAUUGUAAAAGUGCCACGAUGUCGAAGGAAAUUGUGAAUUGUUGUAAAAUACGUUGUAUGAGACACACAGCCAUUAAACGAGUCAAACAUUGUGCAGUUAUGUCACAGUGCACACUGCUCAUUACGUUCCUGUAUAGAAUUACCUUAGCUCUAAAAUCUGGUGUUGUGCUGAUUAGUGGAUACUCUGAGGUGAGUGUCUGUGGUCAGUAGGGAGCAAAGAAAGCUCUUUCUGUGACUUUUUCCUUCAGUAUCUAUUCAAAUCAUUGGCUUAGAAGGGGAAAAGCUUUCUACAACACUGUAACCCAUGAAUAAAGUUUUGAAUGUACAUACAAA